CGAGAACCGAAUAAAUAGGGCCUAGAGCUGACUUUAUUUAUUUUUGUAGCACUGUCAACUUCUCUGUCAACCUUCUAUCCAAGCAAAAGAGUAAGACAUUGACCUGAUCACCGUCCCAGAGUUCGGAAUCUGCUCGUCAGGCCGGCUAUAUCCUCGUAUUCCCCCGCUGUGCUACAACUAUACAAACCACCGAGCUCGACUCUAGAUCCCUCUCACUCUGUCCUUGCUGGAGUGCGAUCCUCGUCACAGGCACGCCGUUUGAGCUACACAGUCUACGCUCGCACAAGAUCCUCUAUUCAAGAUGUCAGCCUCGGCGCCAGCACCUCCUACUAUUGUGAUCAACACCCCCGGCGCACCAACCUCGACCGUCUCCGCUCCCAGAACCGAGCCCGCGAAGGAGCGGCCUCAGAAACCCGCCCUCGUCAAGCAAUGCUACCUCUGCGACGAGCAGAACCCCGGCGACUUCUCCCCGACCACCAAAUACCUCGAGACCUGCCUGCUCUGCUCCCGGCAUUUCUGCCCCAUCCACAAGUCCGUCAGCUGGGACCAAGUUUGCAACAUCAACCACGCCGAGUACUAUCGCGAGUGUCUGGAGAAGGCGAGGCAAGAGCUGAUCUCUCAGGGUAAAGCCACGGACGCGAACAGGCGAUCGCUCGCGGAGAUAUUGAUCAACGAGGGCAUUUACCCGAGUUUGGGCGAGCGGGAGAAGGCCAUUUUCACAACGAGCCCCGUCAGUGAGACCAAAAUGCAGGAACUUGCCAAUUUCCGCUCCCUCGACGCCGCCAUGUCCGGGACGAGCACGCAGUCCAAGAGCCAGCUAAUUGAAGAGAAGGACUUUGUCGGGGCGGACAUUGCUGUGUGAUCCGAUGUUUUGGAGGACAGCGAUAUCCUCCAUGGUACUUGUAUCGCAAGAAAAACAGCGAUGAUUGAGUCCUCCAUACCAUAUGCCGGUGGUGGUGGUGGGCUCCAAGGGCCCGACGUCUGUUUUGUUCUCGUCACGAUGUCUGACUAUGUUUUUGCUUUCAUGAGCGAACGAGUGGGGCGAGCAUUACAGUAGAUGCUCAAAAGAGCCUCCAAAAAAAGAUGAACUCAAACGAUGAUUUCAAGACUGAAGCAUUCGCGGACUUGCUAGUUCCUGUCCCCCAUUCAAUUUCGUGAAUUGGUUCCAAAAACCUCUACGCAUGGAAUGCUUUCCGGCCCCGGGCCGGUCAGUCUGGAUCCAUCGAGGGUGUUUUAUCCAACAUCGCAUUGAAGAAACAAGGAUCCACCGAACUCCAUGCUAGUUGCCCUGCCCGUAACGCCGACAGAUAUGCAAACGCG